CCGCAACCAGUCGACGGACCGAUAGACCCGGCCGCCGUAACGUCAGUCCGUUUUCGGUGGUCACCACGUGUGAAAAGUUGCACACGGUCGAGUAGCCAUCAUGGGCUGCGGGACAAGCAGUACGGCGACCGGUCGCGGCCGUCUUCGAGCCGAAAAGGAGCUGUACUUGCCGUCGACGGAACUGCAUUUCAACGCCGGUCAGAUGCAACGGCUCAACGACAAUUUCCUGCGCGGUUACGAGAACUCGGAUGAUUUACCUACUAGUUCAUCGUCACUAAAUGUUGAAGCCAUAGUUAAUCGUAUUAUACAACGUUUGUUGUGUGGAAUUGGGAAGUUGGACAAACGAUUCGCCUGCAAGUUUUUAGUCACCGCAGAACCUAUGUCAUCUUCAAUUAAGUUGUCCAAAAGCUUUAGUUAUUAUAUAAGGCUUGACGUAUUGUCUGAACCAAAAAUUUACGAAGACGAUUUUGACUACCAAGUAAGAUGUGUAGUGGAAGAAGACGGCGUACCCCAAGGAUUUGCUAAAAUUCGACUAGUCACCAAUGAACCAGAGAAAUGGGCUGAUUUAAUUGACAAUGACGGAUAUCUCAGACGUGACAAACUGAAAUUACGCUUUGUUGAGUUGCUUGCCAAGUCCGCUUCUUGCAAGAGUGACUUCGUUGGUCGACCUGAAGACGUGGAUGAAAGUUACUUGUGCGGGUGUCCUGGUAAGAUCGUAGACGCCGGAUUGCUGCAUGAGAUCCUAAAGAGUCCUGCCGACGAACAAGUGUUUUUUGGAAUGGGUAACACCGGGUCCAGUAAGUUUCCCGACCCUAGAGAUUUAAGGAUCGCGGUCGUCGAAGACGCGCAGUGCGUCAAGUUGCGCAUAUCUGGUCCGAAAACGUCCGGCGAUAUCUCCGUGGUUCUUUUGCCCGCCAUCGAGUUUUCAGGUUGGCCUAAGUACACAGACAUCCUGUCCAGAAUACCGCUUACGCAUCCAGACAUUCUCAUACACCAACGGGCCACUACAAUGGGAUACUACGCGGUUCCGGUGGCGCCACAUCUGACGGUUCGGUGCUACGACCGGCCGGCCACGUGGCAGUUGAGAUUCCCGGCGGCCGAGUGCCUGUACCAGACGCACUACUCGGAACGGAGCGUGGUGAGCAACAUCUAUCACUUCCUCCGGACAAAGGUGCCGAAGUUGCGAAAGGGCGACAACGGCGUGUGCGUGGCGAGCGGUUACAUGCUGAAGACGUUGCUGUGGUUCCGGCUGGAGGCGUGCGGCCGCGUCGAGGACUGGGACCACCGGCGCGUGGCCGAACACGUGCUUUCGGUGCUCGACGAGCUGGUGGCCGCGCUCAAGUCCCAGCACCACAGGUCGUACUUCUACCCGUACGCGAACAUCGUGCUGAACGCGCCCCGGGCCUGCCGGACGAUGGUGUCCGAGGACGAUUACCAGAACGACGUGGAGAUCAUCGAGGCGUACAUGUACGGGUUGUUCGAGAAGUCUAUGGGCAGCGACUCGAUCGUCACCGGACAAGCGUUUCAGAACACGGACGCCGAUUACUGGCAGAACCUGGAGUCGGUCAUGCUGCACAAGUGGUACCGGGUGCUGGAGACCAUGGACCCGAAACCCCGGAGGUUCGACUACUCGAGGAAACAAGUGGAAUACAUCGGCGAAGUGUUCAAGGGGAUGUUGGCCACCAGGCACUGCGUCGCGUCGGCCGCGGCGGAAUCGUCGUCCGCGUGGCACUUCCUGACGGAAGAAAAGAUCCCGCGGUACAGCACCGGGUUGGUGGCCGGAGACGAGAUCGGGCUGGACGCCGCUUACCUGGUGUCGGUGGUCGCGGAACAGGCGCUGGCAGUCUACGGGGCCGCCCGGGACAAGAAGGACGCGGGCCGGAAGCGGAGGCCGUCGCGUUUGGCGGCGGAAAAAAAGAACAGCAUCAGUGUCGUCGGCGGUGGCCGGCGCGGUCGGUGUUUUGCGGGACGCCGGCGGAUACGGCGACCGUCUUCCGCCGAAGGGGGGCCGGAAGCGGUGCGCCGGUUGCUGUGCGACGUGUACGCGGACGCCACGGUGGCCGACAUCGCCGGCGACGCAGACCUGGUGCGAUUCGUGCUUGGACGGUUGCACGCGGCCGCCGCCGUCUCUCCGGCCGACUUCCGGCCGCCGUGGUGCGGAAGACGCCGCGUCGCGCUAGGCCCGCCGCUGUCGCUGUUCCUGCGCCAGCUGUACGACGUGUCGCACAGCACUUGUUGGCACCUGGACGAGUGGCGACGACGGUGGGACCGGGACGAGCUCCGUUCGUUGGGCGCGUUCGCGAGGCUCCUGUGCAGGGACGAAGUGCGACCGACCGACGCUCUGUUGGACGCCAUACAGAAAGGUUGGUCGUGGGCCGACAAAUUGCUGUUGGCCGCCGUCGAAUUCCAGGACGGCGUGAACAUAGUGUGUACUCCGAGUCCGGGGGACGUGCAACGUUUCAGUAUAUCGCUUUCGGAACCCGAACAGGAAAUAUUCGCGUCCCGCAGCCUGGGCCGGGCCGCGGACAGACAACGGUAUUCCGCUCGGGCGGACACGGUAUCCAAUAAAUUCAAAACGGUUCGAGGCAUGUCGUUUUUGGACGCCGACAGCUCGUUAAACGACAAGAAAAACUCUCCUGCAAAGUCCACCGUCACCUCGUACGCACGUCUACAGUGGCAGAGCCCCAUGACCGCGACGAUUGCGUCCAACAGAUACAGGAGCAACCACCGGGUGCUGGGAAACAUCGUCAACUCUUUGAUCAAUUUGCAAAAGUACACAGUGUUGCAGGAAAUGUGUUCGGUGCUGCCGGAGGACAAGCAGGGACCGGUGCUGGACGACAUCCGAAAGAUCAGCAAAGAGAGACGGCGGCAACGGGUCGCGGCACCGACGUCCGCGGCGACGGCCCUGCGCGGCCGGUCACCGACAGACCAGCUGACCGGCGUCUACCGGUCGACGUCCGAACUGUCGUACGCCCCGGCCCCGGCCGCCGACGAGGGCGACGGCCACAGGGCGAGUGGCCCGCGGACGGCCGACGCGGGCACUCUGAUGGCCACGGUGCGGGCGGCCAGGCGCAGACAGUCCAUGUCGGCCACGGUGGUCUACAACCCGGCGUUCUACGAGCCUCCACAGCCCGUGGCCGCUUUGCCGGCCAUCAACCCGGCGGGCCAGCCGUAUCUGCGCAUGACACCCGAAAACGGGUUCAGUCUGCAUGGCGGCGGAAAUCCGGAUCCGGAACCUCAGUAACCAGCUCGGCGCUAAGAAAUCACCACGACGAUGCGCGGGGAAACGGUCCGACGAGCCAAAAUUAUUGUAAUAUGUGUGUAAGAAUAUUAUAUUUUCACAGGUCGCGGCUAAAUGAGAUCGUACGCGAUAUAUGAUCGUGAAAAUAAAAUAUAAUAAAUGUUUUCGACUAUAUAUAUUUUAAUGACUAAUAACGAUGCACCUUAACCCUAAAUUAUUAUUCUCGUUAAAAAUAAUCACGAGAUUCUUUGCUCACGGUCUUUUUGACAGUGUAUUGAAAUAUAUCAUAAUUAAAACUCGAUAAAUUGAAAUAAUUAUCAUUUUAUUGCUCUUAAAUAAAUAAAAAUUGUCAAAUAUGC